UCAUUUGGUAAGCACACCACAAAGGUCGGAGGUUGAAAUAAACUCCUAUCAUAUUCAUAUUCAACCCAAUUAGCAUCAAUCAAGAAUCAUUGAAAUGGCAACCUCAAUUUCAACUCAGAGCCUAUUGUUAAUGCAUACUGCUCGUAUGUCCUCGCAUCCGUCUUCUGCCCCUGUGUUUUCUCUUGAAAAUCCUGUUAAAAAUGGUGCGAUAAGGAAAAGGAAAUUAAGCAGAAAAUGCAGAGCAAUGGUGCAGGAAACUGUACAAGGGCCUUCAGCUACUUAUGCCAGACAAAUGGAAACACUCUCUGCUAAAGAAUCUCUACUUCUUGCAUUCAAAGAUGCUGGAGGGUUUGAGGCACUGGUGACGGGGAAGACAACGAGUGAUCAACAAAUAGAUGUGAACGAGAGAAUAGUUAGCCUCGAGAGGCUCAACCCUACUCCAAGACCAACAACGUCUCCUUUUCUGGAAGGCAAUUGGAACUUCGAGUGGUUUGGAUCCGGGAGCCCUGGGCUUCUUGCUGCUAGGAUCUUGUUUGAGAGGUUUCCUCCAACAUUGGCAAGUUUAUCGAGCCUGGACGCAGUGAUCAAGGAUGGAUAUGCAAAUAUUUCUGCAAGUCUGAAAUUCUUAAAUUCGAUAGAGAGCAGAUUUGUAGUCUCCACCCGGCUAACUGUCGAGGGGCCACUUAGAAUGAAAGAGGAAUACGUUGAAGGGAUGUUUGGCUCCCCAAAAGUUAAUGAGGAAACAAUGCCUGAACAACUAAGAGGUGCUCUAGUUCAGGCUACUAAUACGUUGCAGCAGCUUCCUGUUCCCAUCAGGGAUGCCGUAGCAAAUGGAUUUAAGAUCCCUCUUGGUGGGACAUUCAGCAGGCUGUUUAUGAUAUCUUAUCUCGAUGAAGAGAUCCUGGACUCUAUAUGUGCAGAUUAUACGAGAUACUGCUGGAGUACCCGAAGUCCUUACAAGACUUGAUCCCGGGCCAUUGCCUCUAGUAGAGCCAAUAACCGAAUACGAAAGUUGAAGAUAGAGCAUAUGAUCUUCGUGUAAAAGGAUAGCCGAAGCAAAACUAUGGCUAGCAUACCUUUAUUUUUAUUAAUAAUACAAAGCUUCUAGUAUGAUUUUAUGAUUAAGGAACUUUCCUUUUUAAGAUAAUGCAAGCUGAGAUAAGCUUUUAGCAGUAGUUGAUGCAGGUAACAACUAGCUGUGGUAGUUAUAUGAGUUGGUAAAUAUUGAAGCCUUCUUCUUCUCUUU